AUGAAGCUUAAAAAUUGGUUUGCAAGUGUUUUGUUGCUAACUAAUGUUAUGCUAACCACUACAUUAGGUGCAUUUGUGGGGGUGAACAUUGGCACCGAUGUCUCUGAUAUGCCAUCUGUUUCAAAUAUAGUUGCUACUCUUAAAGCUCAUCAAAUUACUCAUGUACGUCUUUACGAUGCCAAUGCGCACUUACUGCAAGCCCUUUCAAACACCAGCAUUGAUGUUAUUGUUGGUGUCACAAACGAAGAAGUACUCAGAAUUGGAGAAUCUCCUUCGGCAGCUGCUGCGUGGAUAAAUAAAAAUGUAGUUGCUUAUGUACCUUCCACCAAUAUCACGGUAAUAGCUGUUGGGAGUGAGGUUCUUUCCACAAUCCCAAAUGUUGCUCCUGUUCUUGUUCCUGCCUUGAAUUCUCUGCACAAAGCUCUGGUUGCGGCAAACCUUAAUUUUCGAGUCAAGGUUUCGACUCCACAAUCUAUGGAUAUUAUCCCUAAGCCUUUUCCUCCUUCUACUGCCACCUUUAACUCUUCGUGGAACUCUACAAUGUAUCAACUCCUCCAGUUUUUGAGAAACACAAAUUCCUCUUUCAUGUUAAAUGCGUAUCCUUAUUAUGGAUACACUAAAGGAGACGGCAUUUCCCUAUUGAAUACGCUCUUUUCCGACCCCUUCCCUCGGUGA